AUGGACGAGGCGGCGACAUUUAACGAUAUUCGUCAAAAAAUUCUUUCUCGCGGUUAUCACAAAACACCAUUAUGUUUAGAUGGACUGAGUGAACAAAGAAAAGUUGUCGUUAUCAAGGUCUUAGGGGCUCUGUUGACGGAACGAGAUGAGGAAGUAGAGCUGCGUGAAAGGCUGCUCAUGCGGAACAAGGAACUAGAGCAAUCGUUGGAGCGCACAAAAAAGUCUCUUCGCCGCGACAAGUUACUAACUAGUGAGCUGGAAACAAAACUUCUUGCUUCCCAGUCUGAAACCAAGAAUGCUAGAACUAUGCUCGCAGAUGAACAGCUCGCUCACCGCGGGACAAAAGACCAACUUUUGCGCACACGAAAACAGUUCAAUCAAAUCCAACAGGCGAGCUCCAAAUAUCGUGCCGCGACGGAACGUCAGACAGAGCGCCUAAAGGAGCGUAUGACCACAUUAUCUCAUGCAAGUCUAAAAACUCUUGUUCCUGAUAUUCGCAUUGCUAGUCCGGCAUUUGUUGCACGAGCCAACACUGACCCAGCACAUCCGGGGGAAAAGCAGAUACUUGAAAUUGAGAAAUAUAACACAGCCUUGCUCGAGACAUCAACUGCAUUAAAACAGCUUGCGCUCGAUGCUUUUACUACAUUGUACGAAGUGGAUAUUCGUCUGAAAGACAUCAUCGACGUUGAGUGCGGAGUCGAAGAUCUACCCUUCAUGCGGGCACCAGCAGCACAAAAGCCAUACUUGGGUACGACAUGGGAUGAUUUAGAACUUCAUCAAAUGUUUCCUCCUCUUCGCCCGCUCGUGACAGAUGAUACAGAAUACACACAUCCUGCCCGACGGCAUCUGACCAACCUUGCAGAAAACCUGCAAUCGCAUGUGGAAAGUCUCUCACAUUGGGCAGCUAUGAAACACUUCAGAUCUGAGCGGUUGGAACAUGAACAUCAAGAAAAACGUCGAAAAAUUGACGGCAACAUCAGCUAA